AUGGCAACAAGAACCGAGAUAUUAAACUUAUAUCCUACUAAAAUUCAUUUAAAUUUAAAGAUCCCUGAUCAAGAUUGUAAGAAAUUAAGAAUUGAAUGUGAAAAAAUUGCAAAUGAUACAAAUACAACCAUAUCAAUAACAGAACCUGUUCCUCAAUCUUCUUUUGCUUCUCAAAAUACUGUCAAUAUUCACAUUACUGGUAUACCCGACAAUGCUGAGCUUGCAAGAGUUAGAACAUUAGUCAUGUUGGAUAGUUUGUCUGAAUUAGAUGUAGAUACUGUCGCUAUUCCAUACAAGUUACAUCACUUAUUAUGUGGAAGAAAACGUACUGGGAUUCAAUCUAUCAUAGAAGAAACAGCUACAUCAAUCUAUUUCCCUUCACUCUUUAUAUUUGAAGCAAAUGACGAUUAUUCUCCUGUUAUUUAUAUUACAGGUGAAUCAAAUGAAGUGACGCGCGUGAAAGAAAUGCUAAGAAAAUUAGCUUCACAAAAGGCUCAAUCUAUGUAUCAUAAGGAUGCUGUACUACACCCUAGAAAAUUAAAUUGGAUGCUACUACACCGUAAAGACGAUUUAAGAAAGAUAAUGAGAGAUAAUGGCUCUUUUAUUUCAUUUCCAAAAAUGGGGACAAGCAAUAAUGUUGUUACUGUUUAUGCAGAGAAUAGAGUCAAUGCUGAGCGUACACUUCGUUCAUUGCAUUUUUUGGCUUGUAGCAUUUAUGAAGCAUGCUUCUAUUUUAAUCGAGAUGCUGCUAUAUAUGGUAUUGAUAGUGCUCAUGCCUUCUUUAACUCAGUUGCAAACGUGUCAGCUCUUGUAUCUCAAUUAUCUCAAAUUUCAGGAGCUGAAGUCAGUUAUAGACCUGAUACAAAUUGUAUAGAAGCGUUUGGUACCGAACGUGCCAUUCGUAAUGUAUACCAGCGUUUACACGAUAUGACAUUCUUAAAAAUGCUUCAUCAGAGUACAGUAUUCAAUGUCGAAUUAUCAAAUGAUCAACGUGAAUUCAUUAGUGGUAAAAAGAGUGGAAAGAUCAAUAAGAUCAUGAAGACUUCAGGUGCAAAAAUUAAGUUUGUCCCCUUUAGUGAAUAUAACUUUAUUAUCGAAGUUGAAAGUAAUAAUUUUAAUAAGGCUUUGGAUGGAUUAACACUCUUACAGGAAGAACUACCUGCCGAAAUUUCAUUCUACGUACCAGAAGUGUACCACAAGCGUAUUAUUGGUGUUGGCGGUAAAAAUAUUCAACGCAUCAUGAAGAAAUAUGGGGUCUAUGUGAAGUUUUCAAAUGCAGAGGAAUUUGCUGCCUUGGGUGGCUAUUAUGAUAAUGAUGAUAAUGUAGUUGCAAGAACACCCAUGAAAAACCAAGUCAAUUUGGAAAAUUUAAGAAAUGCUGUGAUGGAUUUAAUUAAUCCAAAGGAUAGAGAUUGCGUUGAACAAGUACUUUACGAUAUCCCCUUCUGGCUUCAUCGAAAAUUAAUUAAAGACCAGACUGAGUUCUUAACCGAGAUGACCAAAAAGACAAACACGCGUAUUAUUUGGCCUGAUAAUGAGCUUGCAAAUGAUUCUUUAACCCUAGUAGGUCCAGAAUCACAAGUUAAUUUAGCAGCUCAAAUGGUUAGAUCCAUUAUACCUGAAGAAUAUGAUGUUCAUUUACCUUAUUCAACUCAUCUCAAGUCUGUUUUAGAAUCAGAUUCAUAUAAGGAAGUAGUUCAAAAGAUAGCCAAAGAUUAUGACGUCAAAGUAGAGUUGAAAAAGAAGAGAAAGAAUGAAGAUGAAAAUGAAGGUGAUAAAGUAAUUGCUUUUAAGCUAACCAAAGGAAACUUGGAUCGUUUAAAUGUCUCUCUGGAAACAUUAAUUGGAUAUUUGAAAAGUCAACAGGUUAAUUUGUAUGAUGAUAGUGCUAUUAUUCGUCAAGCAGCAAAUGUUCCUCGAGUAGCCAAUAAUGGUCCAUUCCCAUUAUUUGAUAAUAAAAUCAUUCCAUCUGCUUUACCAUCAGAUUUGGUUUCUCCUACUCCAUCUGCUUCAUCUUCUCUCUUGACAGAUUUCCCACAACCUUUAGCUUCAGGAUUAAAUAGCGGCUUAAAAAGUUAUUCACUUUUUGAUUACCCUAAUUCUGCUAGUAGUAAUGCAUUUGAAGCAUCAUGGAAGAACUUUAGAGAUAUCAACUCAUCUCGAACUGCUGAAAAUAUUCGAGCUAUUUUUGAUUCCCCUGACGCUAAUAAACCUGCACCGCCUUCUCUUUCUCUUGUUUCCCCACUUAAUUUCCGUACUGGAUCACCCGCAGGUCAAGGUGGAUUAGAUAUUUGGUCGAACCCACCUCAACAAUUCUCUUUGAAUGGCUUUGUUGGAAGCCCACCAUUGUCUGGAUUAGAGUCUAAACCACACUCUAUACUGUAUCCAAUGGAUCAAAGUAAUGCCUCUAAUAAUGGUUUUUACCAGCCAUUAGGAUCGAAACCUGACUUUAACAAUACCUACGUUGUACCUACAUCAUCUACUUCUACUGGUAGUAAUAAUAGCUCUAUGCAUUCAAAUCAAUCGAUUCCAGAUAUCAUGUUGGAUUCUUCGCCAAAAAAAUCAGGCAAUUUACCCUUUCAGAUCAAUAACUAUAUUCAUACCCAACCUCCAUUGAUUUAUCCAUCCUCUACAACAGCACCCAAUAAGCAUAUAUCGUCGUCAGCAGUUCAAUUUGCAUUACCUCCUGCUUCAGCAACUGUAAAGACAAGUACUAAAGAAUUAGAUUCAUCAUUCCCUGCUCUUUUUUCAUUAAAUCAUUCAUCCACUGAUGAAACUGUUCUAGUUCAAAGCUUAUUAAAUAACAUGUCAAUAGGUCAAUCCAACUUGACACAUUAG